AUGGACAAGCCAACCAAAAACUUGAUUUUUCCAGGAGUUUGCACCCCAAAUGAGCUUGGGACCAUCAAGUUCAGCAUCAUCAGCAUGGAGGAGCUGAUUCCUGAUGCCAAGCCCGCCGGCGUUUUUGGCAAGAGAGACGCGGUCCCAAGCAAUGAGGCAUUGCGAGCCAUGACAUUUCUCACCACCAGUCCAGAGGAAAGCGUGUCGGCGGCUGUCGAUCAGUUCACGCACGGUUUUAGGAAGGAGGAUGGCAAGCAUAUAGUGGAUAGGGAGGCUGCUGAGCACGGCAUUCACAAGAACAACCCGGCCCCCGGAGCUAAGCAGCUUAGCUUUCCACCCCGCAAGGUACCGAUCAAAGGAGGAGAUAAGGGGCUGGUAGUCACUAACCUUAAGUUUGUGCGGAGAGAGGGGGAGACCGAGGUAAGUUUGGGGGAAGGAAGAGACAUCACAGCCAAGGAUGUUGACCAUCUCAGUUGCAGCAGCAGAGUCGAUGUUCAUAGGGAUGAACGUGGAUUUGUGGAAGUUGAUAUGAAGGCCAGUGGCGAGGGAGAAUGCAUCGAGGAUCUGCCGGAGCUUGGCCACACUGGCCACGUCACCCUUGAGGAGAAUGAGGGUGUCGUCGGGAUCGAUAGGGUGGCAAAGCUCGCCGUUAGCCGAUGCCCGUUGGAUGAGCCUUUGGAGGACAUCGGACACAAUGAUAAACAGAUAUGGGUAGAUAGGGUCCCCUUGGCGAAGGCCGCUGCGGCAUUGGAACCAGCGGCCAGGGGUGCCAUUUAA